AUGGAUGUCAGUUGUAACCUCAGUUACUGUGGAGUAGCAGCCAGCAUGCAGGAAUCAGAGCAGAGAGAUCUGUUUGGGAUGUUUCCACUUUUCUUUGAAGAAAGACAACUGAAUAGGACAAAUGAAUCUUUACAGGACUUUUUUAAGAGUUUCAACCUGGAAAAAUCUGAUAUUAUUGGAGACAGCUCUGCUGUAGUAAGAAUAAUGAUUUCAAUAGUAUAUUCUGUGGUGUGUGCUCUUGGACUUGUAGGGAAUUUGCUAGUGCUGUACCUCAUGAAAACUAAACAAGGCUGGAAAAAAUCAUCUAUCAAUCUCUUUGUUACCAGCUUAGCAAUUACAGACUUCCAGUUUGUAUUGACUUUGCCGUUCUGGGCAGUGGAGAAUGCAUUAGAUUUCAGCUGGCUAUUUGGGAAGGCUAUGUGCAAGAUUGUGUCUUAUGUGACAGCAAUGAACAUGUACGCUAGUGUGUUCUUUCUGACUGCAAUGAGUGUAGCCAGGUACUAUUCAGUGGCGUCUGCACUUAAAACAAAAAGAAGAAAUAUUGGAUGCUCUGCCAAAUGGGUCAGUGUACUUAUCUGGGUCUCUGCAAUUUUAGCUUCAUUACCCAAUGCUAUAUUUUGUACAACUUCGACUGUUUCCAGUGAUGUGCUUUGCCUAGUAAAAUUUCCAGUAAAAAAUGACAAUCCUCAGUUUUGGUUGGGACUUUAUCAUGCUCAGAAAGUUUUGUUAGGGUUUGUUAUUCCACUGUUUAUUAUAACAAUAUGUUACCUGCUACUUGUUAGGUUCAUCACAGACAGGAAUGUCAGCAGCUCCAGUACUAAACGGAGAUCCAAAGUGACCAAAUCUGUAACAAUAGUAGUACUUUCAUUUUUUCUCUGCUGGCUUCCCAAUCAUGCUUUGACAACCUGGGGCAUCCUAAUCAAAUGGAAUGUAUUACAAUUUAGCUAUGAAUAUUUCACCAUUCAAGCAUACAUAUUUCCUUUAACUGUUUGUCUGGCUCAUUCAAACAGUUGUUUGAAUCCAAUCCUGUACUGUUUGAUGCGCAGAGAAUUCAGGAAAGCACUUAAAAAUUUAUUCUGGAGAAUCACAUCACCCUCACUAACAAACAUGCGACCUUUUACAGCUACCACUAAACCAGAACAGGAUGAACAAGCACAUUGCAUGGUCCCCCUUAAUCCAGCUGAGCCUGACGUUAUCUGUUACCCACCUGGAGCUGUGAUAUACAAUGGGAGAUAUGACCUCCUGCCAAGCAGUUCUACAGAGCAGCGUUACUGA